CCAUCCCGAACUUCCCAUCCACUUGUGCCACGAAGCAACGUCCUUCUCAUUGUCAUCGGUCUUCGCUUUGCCGCUGCCAGAAUCCGUCGAUUUGUUGCACAUCUACGAUUUUUCUCUCACUUGAGUUAAUUCCCAUUGUCUAUUUGUGAUCACGAAUAAUAAAAAUUUGUCGCUCGCCUUCAGAUCAAAUGAUCGCGUCUCCUAGAUGACCUUCCCUCCCCCUCCUCCUUCCUCCCAAUCGUCGAUUGCUUCUGGCACCGAUAAGUCAUCUUCGACAAGACCGGCAAGGUCACAACAGCCAUCUGCUUGGGGUCCUACCGUGUCCCAGUCUAGUGUUCGGCGUGGGUUGACUCCGCUUGCGACCAACAACCUCGCAUCAUCCUCGAUUCUUCCCUCAGCCUCUCGCGGGCCACCACAGUCCAGUAGCCCUGGUCCCGGUGGUUCAACCUCGUCCCCUCUCACUACCUCUUUUUCCGCCGUCUUGAGUUCCGCUAGGGGUCUUCCCGUUGGCCGUAACGCGCCCUCGCCAGCCUCCACGCCGGCACCUUUCACCUCCUUCCAAUCUGGCUCACAACAGCACCAGCAAUCCGGACAAACUCUCUCCUCGCCCAAAUUCAGAGCUCAUACCCCCUCUUCAGGGUCACAUCUGGCUUCCGCAGCGGGUUCUGUUGCGGGUGGAGGAGGCUCCGGGGGAGGCGGAGGUGGGACGGGAUCUUCCAGAGGCGCCACCUUCUCUCCGUUGUUGGCUGGUACAACCGUGAACUCGCCUACAGGAUUCCCAUCCGACAAACCGGGAUCAGCAGCUUCGGGCGCUGCAGCUCACGCAAGCCAGUCGUCGCUUACUAAGAUAUCUAUUGCCCAAGUUUUCCUCCUCCUGGAUUCUAUCACAGAGAAAGAGGGUAGAGAGAAGUGGGAAACAAAAGCCGCACAGAUCCAUAAGCUCGUAGAGUCUAACGGCAUGGAGGUCUUUUCGAAAUACUUUCGACGCUUGCUCACAGGCAAUGCCCCGCAGAUAUUUCCCGGGGUAAACAAGUCGGUGGAAAAUGCCGGCAAUUACCCACUUUUGGUGCAGGAGAUGGAGAAGGUCCCUCAGGACAUAGAGCAAGCGCAGAAGAUCGCAGAGACAGUGGAUACCUCGGAAGGCGAUAUCUUUCGUGACUUUGACCUUUCGACGUUUCUGGAUCAUUUCAAGCUUGAUCCACUUGUGAAAGUAUCCUUAGCCCUGGCAUUUAAAACCGCAAACAAGUCAGAUCUACGCGCGAAAGCUGAUGCGAUCCUCUCCAACUCCGUGAAUCCUUUCUUACAAAUCCUCGCGAACCCUGCCAAGGAAUACAAGAAUUCCUUCAUUGCAAUGACCAUCGAGCGCUUUAUAUUGUAUCCGCCCAGGAAUUUCACCGACGACGUGAAAGGGAAACUGGUAUAUGCUGCCAACCUACGAUAUCGGAAUGUGCAGAAAGACGUGCCCUUUGAAGUCGCAUCCUCCCUACAAAUGUUCAACUUCCUCAGUCCAAAAUUCACGCUCGUCCGCCAGCUCCAUUCGAAGGGACCGCGGGCAACCUCGAGCCCAGAGGCUGUAACUGAAACGAUCAAUGCAGCGGGCUCUGAUUGCUGGAACGAAGACCACGUAGCUAGCGCUCUUCUUUUCCUGGUGCUCUCACAGUAUUGGCGCGAAUUCUCGUUGGAGACAUUUUUGAGCGCGGUCCGAUCACACUAUGGCGAAAAGCAGAUCAAUUGGCCGCUUGUAUUCCGCAACUUCGACCGAGAAGGCCUUAGGCUUGAGACUCAGCAGUUCACGAAGCUAUUCGCUGUCCUGCUAACCGUGGCUGCGGAGGAUUCAUCCCUGGACGUGCAGAAACUGUGGGGUGGAGACUGGGAACACCGUGAUACUCAGAUGUCGUUCCUGACGGCGUUUGUAUCCUCCCGGGUAGAUGUCUCUCAGAUUCCGAACCUGCGCGCCACUUUUCCCGAAGACUUCUUCGCUGAUGGCUCCGAGCUUGUUCGCUUGCAGGGAGAACGCGCAGCAAAGUCGCCGCUUCGGUCUCUGGACGCCAUGAGAGCCAUCUUUGACCUGGCGUUGUUCUCUAAUGCUGCAUGGUCUGCUACUGAGAGUCAGCUGCUGAUCAAAGCCGUUGUCCAAUUUGACUUGCCGGUCUUUCUAUGCUCAGCGCUCUCUCUCCCCCAGCCCUGGACUAGUGUUCAGCAAAAUUUCGUCCUUCGCACCUUGAUUGUCUUCGUUCUGAAGCAAGAGGAAGGCUAUCACCUCGCACUCCACGGUGCAUGGCAGCAGGAUCGUCAGUGGGUUGCCGAGCAGCUCUUCACCACUUUCACUCAGGAUCCGACCUCCACUGCAGCCAUCUAUGAACAGGCUGUGGAAUUCAACUGGCUGGAGUAUCUCCUCGGCUACACGAAUGGUCUCGCCAUGGACCUUGCUUGUUAUGCUCAUCGCAAGGGUCCAUUCGAUUUGGAACAAUGGGUUCGCAAUGCUGCUCAAAAAGGUCCUAUGGAUAUGGGUAGCCUUCUGUCCAAAUUCCUGCGGAUCAAGGCGGAGGAUGAACUCCAUGUGCAGAGAAAGGAACAGGUUGCUCCGCAAAUGGUUAGCCUUUCAGUAAAGACUGUCUACACUUUACUAUCGGUUCUCGAGGAAUACGUUGGUGAUCGUGAGAAUCUCACCCCCGUGCAACGGAUUUGCAUUCAAACUUAUCCCAGACUCAUCAACUAUGGAGAGGGAUUCGAUGACAUCAUCGACGCCAACGGCGAACACGGGAAUUCCUUACCCGAGGCUGUUGACAAACAAAUGCAGGAGCUUUUCGGCAAGAUGUAUCAUGAGGAACUGUCUUUAAGAGAAAUUCUUGAAUUAAUGAGGCGGUACAAGUCGUCCCGGGAGCCAGCCGAGCAAGAUCUUUUUGCCUGCAUGGUUCAUGGACUGAUUGACGAAUACCACUGCUAUCAUGAAUAUCCCUUGGAGGCAUUGACCAAAACGGCGGUUAUGUUUGGUGGUAUCAUCAAUUUCCGACUGGUUGACGGUAUCACGCUGAAGGUCGGACUGGGCAUGAUUUUGGAGGCGGUGCGUGAGCAUGAGGUUCAUGAUCCCAUGUAUAAAUUCGGUGUUGAGGCGAUUGAGCAAUUGAUUAACCGUCUCCCCGAAUGGGCUGGCUUCUGCCACCUUCUUCUGCAGAUACCCAGUUUGCAAGGCACCACGAUCUUCCAAAAGGCUGAGGAAGUUCUGCGCGAACAAGGAAGCCAAGUUCGAGAUGACGGUGGGAGAGUCGAGUCUGUUGCUGGACCUUCAAUGAAUGGCAACCUCGAGGAAAUUGUAACAUCUGACGGAGCUGCCCGCAAGUUCGUUUCCGUGCAUGUGGAUUCCCCUCUCCGACCAGAAGUCUACUCGGAUCCAGACGAGGACAUACAGGACAAGAUCCUCUUUGUUUUGAACAAUGUUUCCGAGCAGAACAUAGAUGAAAAGCUUCGUGACCUUACUGAUGUUCUUCGUGACCAGCAUCACCAGUGGUUCGCUGCUUAUCUCGUGGAGGAACGGGCCAAGCUGCAGCCUAAUUUCCAGCAACUAUACCUGGAUCUUCUUGAUCGCAUCGACGACAGGCUGCUGUGGGCUGAGGUUCUGCGAGAGACUUACGUCAGCGUAUCCAGACUCUUGAACGCUGAGGCCACAAUGAAUUCAUCCACUGACCGAGGGCACCUUAAGAACUUGGGUGCAUGGCUGGGUUCUCUGACAAUAGCGAAAGACAAGCCUAUCAAGCAUAAGAAUGUUUAUUUCAAGGGGCUUCUCCUAGAAGGGUUCGACAGCCAGCGUUUGACGAUUGCGAUUCCGUUCACUUGCAAAGUGCUUGUUCAAGCCACCAAGUCUACGGUCUUCAAACCCCCCAAUCCUUGGCUAAUGGACAUCCUUGCUCUGUUGAUGGAGCUGUACCAUUUCGCUGAGCUGAAAUUGAAUUUGAAGUUCGAGAUUGAAGUCCUAUGCAAGGACCUUGAUCUUGAUCACAAGAACAUCGAGCCGUCCGUCAUCAUCCGCGAUCGUUCCGCUCAUAUCGAGGACGCGUUGUCUACAGCUAACAUUCCUGAUGGACUGGAAGCGUUCGAGGACAUGGCUCUCAGUACCCUCAAUCAAGGCAUUCGCCACGAGAGACUUUCUCCUGCUGCCAUCAUGUCGACACUCCCGAGCUUGGACAAGAUUCUUGUCCUUCCAUCGACAGCUAGCAGCAUGAUCGAUGCGAAUGUUCUUCGUCAAAUUGUCCAUAGCGCUGUUGAACGUGCUAUUGCAGAAAUCAUCACACCUGUGGUAGAACGCUCUGUCACCAUCGCCUCAAUUUCCACCGUUCAACUAGUGUCCAAGGACUUCGCCAUGGAGCCCGACGAGGAAAGAGUGCGACAUGCAGCAGGAAUCAUGGUCAGGCAACUUGCCGGUAGCUUGGCUCUGGUAACCUGCAAGGAGCCUCUCAAGGUCAGCAUGACAAACUACAUUCGGAUGAUCCAGCAAGAAUACUCCGAGCAGCCAAUGCCCGAGGGUCUCAUUCUUAUGUGUGUCAAUGAUAACCUCGACGCCGCGUGCGGCAUUGUCGAAAAGGCUGCCGAGGAAAAAUCUCUGCCGGAGAUUGAAAAGGUCAUUGAACCUCAAUUGGAAGCUCGCCGCCGUCACAGGGCUGCCCGCCCCAAUGAGCCAUUUAUUGACCCUUCUAUGAACCGCUGGGGCCUCUUUAUCCCUGAACCUUACCGGCAAGGCGCUGGUGGCCUCAACAAAGAGCAGCUGGCCAUCUACGAGGAAUUUGCCCGACAAGCACGCGGACCCGCUGCUGCUCAUGUGCAAAAUGUCUCUACCGACUCUGGUCGGCAGCUUCCGGAUGUCCUUCAAGAACCAUACUCUCCUAUCCCCAACUUAUCUACCCCUGCUGAACAACCUGCUGUACCGCACAGGACUCCUCAGGCACAACAAGACGCUCGCUUACAGCAGUCUGGUCUUGUUGGCGCGCAAUCUCAGCUUAACGGCUUCCUCGAGGCUCAAAGCCCUCGUGAGAAGGUUGAGGCCAUCGUGUCUGAAAUCCAGCAGGCUGCUCGAAAUGCUCCGGAGGAGCACGUCAAAGAUCUUGGCAGAGAUAGCACUGUUUUGCAGGAAUACAACCAAGCACUCCGUACUAUCCUCGCUUCGCCCAACGGAGAAGAGCUGGCCAGACUGACAUGUCUGCGAAUUUGCACCAGCCUGUAUGCGCAGACUCCAAGCACAUUGGAGAUUGAGGUUCUUGUCCAUUUACUUGCGAAGCUGUGCGACAUGUCGACUUUGGUUGCACGUUACACCUGGGCAGUCCUCUCCGAGGUCGAUGAUGAGCAUAUGUUCCACGUUCCGGUCACCGUUGCUCUCAUCGAUGCGGGUCUUCUGGACAUCCGCCGUGUCGAUAUGAUCCUGACGCGGCUUAUCCUCGAGAAGAGAAUCCCUGCUCUGGAGGUUCUCUCCAACCUGAUGGACCGCGUUCUUUUCAGCGAAGAACCUUCCGCCUUGAGAUCUGACUUCUCCGGCAGUUUGGAAGCCAUGAGCCAGUGGCUUGCAGAAGACUCCAACCUUUCAGUAGCAAAUGAGAUCAUUCGCAAGCUGCGCGAGUCCGGCAUUCCUGAAGUUGUCAAUCCUCUUCUCAGUGACAAAGCGAGAUCCAAACGAGAUCAGAUGGAGUACAUCUUCAGUGAAUGGAUUGGCAUCUACAAGGCUCCUGGCGCAAUCGACCGCACCUAUUAUUCGUUCCUGAAGGACUUGCAUCAAAGACAAGUUAUGGAUAAUCAAGAAGAUUCUGCUUUGUUCUUCCGUCUGAGCAUUGACAUCUCGGUAGCAAUGUUUGACCAUGAGUCACAAAACCCCAGUGGUAGUCUCGAUGAAGCAUUCCUCUACAUUGACGCUCUAGGCAAGCUUGUUGUCUUGCUCGUCAAGUUCCAAGGAGAGUCUGCAGGUGCCGCAAAGACGAGCAAGUCUGCUUACUUCAACUCGAUCCUAUCGCUUCUCGUGCUUGUGUUGAACCAUCACUAUGUUAUGCGAGGUGAGGCAUUCAACCAGCGCGUUUUCUUCAGGCUGUUCUCCAGCAUCCUCUGCGAAUACUCCAUGAACGGACUCCAGCAUAGCGAUCAGCACCAGGAUAUGAUGUUUGCUCUGGCCAACAAGUUCCUCUCCCUCCAGCCUAAAUACUGCCCCGCUUUCGUCUAUGGAUGGCUUUCUCUCGUCUCUCACAGAUUCUUUAUGUCUGGUAUGCUGAACAUGCCGGAACGGGCAGGCUGGGGACCCUACUGUGAGAUUAUGCAGGCUCUCCUUUCUUACAUUGGCGAGCAGCUCAAGCCGGCAACCAUUUCCUAUGUGGCCAAGGAUUUGUAUAAGGGUGUCCUUCGAAUCCUGCUCAUCUUGCACCAUGACUUCCCCGAGUUUGUGGCGGAGAAUCAUUUCCAAUUCUGCAACGUCAUUCCUACUCAUUGUGCUCAACUUCGCAAUCUUGUUCUCAGCGCCUAUCCCUCCUCGUUCCAUAAACUUCCGGAUCCGUUCAGAGAAGGUCUCAAGGUGGAACGUUUGGAGGAAAUGCGGGAGGCUCCAAGAAUUGCAGGCGAUAUCGCUGCCCCGCUGCACCAUGCGAAUAUCAAGAGUGUCGUUGAUAGCGCUCUCCAGAACACCACUGUAUCCGAAGCAUCUAUUCAACAAAUUAGCGAUGCAGUUUACAAUCCCCCGACUAAAGAAUCCGGUCUCUUCUAUGACCCAAUCAACGUCAACGUGGUGCUGCUGAACGCGCUCGUCCUCUACAUUGGGCAGAACGCUGUAUCUGUGAACAACUCCCAGGGCAACACUCGGGCGGCAUUCGAGAACUCCGCUCAUGCGUCUCUCUUGGAGAGCCUUGCGAAGGCUUUGCGUCCGGAAGCACGGUACUACCUGCUGAGUGCGAUGGCCAAUCAGUUGAGGUACCCCAACAGCCACACUUACUUCUUCAGCUUCGCUAUCCUCCGUCUCUUUGGUGCCGAUAAUUCCGAGCAGGAUGAAUCCGACAUUCGCCAACAGAUCAUCCGUGUUCUUCUUGAGCGACUUAUUGUCCAUCGUCCUCAUCCUUGGGGACUGAUCAUCACUCUCCAGGAGCUGCUUCAGAACCGAAGCUACACCUUUUUCCGCCUUCCUUUCAUCCAGGCUGCGCCUGAGAUCGGUCGUCUCUUUGAUGCUCUGUUGCAGCACAUUCAACAGCAGAGCCCGCGGGCGAUGGCCUAAACAUUCACGGAGAUAUUCUCUCGAUUACUUUCUCAUAUUAUAUUAACAUGACGUAUUCUCUCAUGCCUCGAUGUCUUGCAUUUGCCGAAACGACUUUCUGUCAUGGUGUUUUGUCUAUGCCGCUCACGACAUG